CCAACAACUUCACAGUCCUUCCUUCUACAGAGGCUUGCCUCCAGUCAUUCUUUCUUACAACUAACUUCGAUACACUCUUUUCGAGACACACAUUCACUCACCAACGCACUUGCAACACUUACCCAUUCCACCAACCCGCCAACCACCCAAAUCAAUCAACAUGUUCACUGCUUCCUACAUCAUCGCUGCUAGCCAGCUUUUCGCUUUCGCCUUCGGCGCUCCCCUCGUCGGUGCCAGCCCCAAGCAAGCUCGUUCCCUGGUGGCACGCACUGCUUACAAGGUCUUCGGCGGUGACGGCACCCCGGCUCAGGGCUGGCCUCAGGAGUCUGAAUGGAAGUCUUUCGAGGACCUCUGGAGCGCUAAUGUCGCCACCACUCUCCAGUCUUGCACUCAGUUCGGCAUGGACAACAACAGCCAGGAGGAGUCCGACAACAUCAAGAAGGCUAUCCAGGAGGUCUCUGGCACCAGCGGUGUCAAGGCCGAGUUCCUCCUCGCCAUCGUCAUGCAGGAGUCCAAGGGCUGCGUCCGCGCCCCGACUACCAACUACGGCUUCGACAACCCGGGACUCAUGCAGUCCUUCCAGGGAACCCACUCUUGCAACCCUAACGGCCAGGGUGUUGUUCCUUGCCCAUACGACAUGAUCAAGGGCAUGAUCGAGGACGGUGCCGGUCUCAACGGUGACGUCGGUCUCAAGGAGGGUCUUGCCCAGGUUGGUGGCGACGAUGUCUCCAAGUACUACAAGGCUUCCCGCAUCUACAACUCGGGUUCCAUUGCUGGCGACGGCAACCUCAACGGCGGCAUUGCCACCCACUGCUACGCCACCGACGUUGCCAACCGUCUGAUCGGCUGGACUGAUGCCGACCAGCACGGCUGCGACGAGGCCACCAUCGGCAGCGUCGGCGGUGGUUCUGCCAACACUGCUCCCGCCGGUCCCUCUGACGGCGGUGAGACCACCACCCCGGUCGACACCACCACCCCUCCUGCUACUGGCGGCUGCGCGAAGACCUGGACUCCCAAUGCCGGCGACAACUGCUCCACCAGCGGUGUUGACUUUGCCACCUUCCAGUCGCUCAACCCCUCUAUUGACGCCAACUGCGCCAACCUCCAGGCCGGCACCGCCUACUGCGUUCCCAACUAAGCGCGCAACGAAACGACCAAAACGAUGACACCGACCAACUAACCAAGCAGCUUACUUUCUAGUGACGGAGACUCGACGACGGGGACUGUGAAGGAGUUGUUUGGUGUGGGCUGUGAAUCCUUUUUCCUUUCUCGACUUUCGCUUUUCACUUCUUGUGUUACACACCCUAUUUUGUCGCAUUUACAUCUUGUUCCUUACACAUCUACAACCUCCGAUAUACACACCAACGCACGCAUGGAACAGGGACGGGGGCUACGGGAAAUGCUUGGGACGAAUCUUUGUUGCUUUCUAUUGGGGGUUUUUGCUAGGCAUUUCAGCGAUAGCGCGUCUGGUCCUUCUCAUGUUUUCCGCUGCCAUAUUUACUCUCCUAUAGACUCCUUCGCGCGAAUCACGA